AUGAAGCGCAGAAGAUCCAACGCUACGCGACAAACCACCCUUUUUGAGUUCUCUGAUGCGCGGAGAGCCUCAACUACCCCGUCGCUGGCAUCCCAGUCCCCCAGGAAGAAGAACCUGAACACUCUGGACUCAUCGUCUGACUCAGAGGACAUCCGAGAAAUCAAAUUGGAGAGUGCAGAGUCCAGCAGCAGCAGUAGUAGUUCAGAAGAUGAAAAACAGGAGGACGAUGACGAAGAAGCCAGUGAUCAACCGUUGCGCACCCCUCGAAGAACGAGCGUGAACAGAACCACAGUGAAGACUGAGAGCGAGGGAGAAGACUCCGACACACUUCCUUUGAAUAUCGUGCAACAGCGAAGCGCACGUAAAGCCAAACGGUUGGCACAAACCCAGAGCGAUGACGAAGAAGACAGCCCUCCACCAAAGCGACGCCGCCUAACCCGUCGAAGAACCAUCAUCGUGCACGAAAAUACGGACGUGGACUCGGCGGAGGAGGAGGAUGACCUGGACUCAGAUUGCAUCAUUGAAUCACGGUUUAGAGAACGCAGACAGACUCAGUACCAGAAGAAUCUCGAGAAACUGAAGAAACGGAAACAGAGGAAGACCGCAUCCCCAUCAUCUGACGAAGACGACGACGCUGAGAACAGUGAAUCUGAUGGAGACUCUGCCCCAACACUUUUCAAGGGCGCCAAACCCAGCAACAGGAAUACAAGCGACGAGGAUGAUGGAGAUGGCGGGGACGGGGAGAGCGACGAAGGAGAGGAUUCAGAGUCGGAUUGGAUUGUCGAGGAUGAUCCAGUGGCAGCUCCCCGUCUACCAGCGAUGUUCAGUAUGGAGACACAUCAGGACCUCGCCCACCAAUUCAAGAAGGUCUUCCAAUUGUUCGUCCACGUUGCUGUCCACCCUUCCAAGAAGAGGAAGAAAGAAAUGGAAAGGCUCCUGGAAGAUGAGUAUUUUAGGGUGCCAUUGAAAAUGGUGCAGAGGAAACUGGAUGGCCUUCGCGAUUCACUCGUAGCAUCAUCCAUGUGGCGGCCACAGUUCAAAAAGGCGCUUCAGACGUAUCCCGAAUUCGUUCUGACCCAACUUGACUUCACUAUUCCUGGUUGCGAUGCCUGUCAUAUGGGCAGUCGAGUGGCCACUCGAAGAGGUGCCCUCGCAGGCGAACCUUACAAUCCUAUUGGCUUUAGAGAGCUGUGGAAGGAGAAGAAGAGCGCGAGGAAGAAGAAACAGAAAGAAAAGAAGAAGAGGCAAAAGAAGGGCAAAAGAUCACGGUCUGAUUCCGACUCAGACUCUGAAUCUGAAUCGGAUGAGGAAGAAAUCAAGAAACAGUUUGACCUUGGUCGAUUUUGUGCCGUUCGUACGCAGACCUUCCACGAGUAUUGUCACUGGGAGUAUGCUACUUUCAAAGCCAUAGAGCGAGAGAUCGAUGACAUACGGUCCAGCCGGGAGAACCAUUCUGGGGGAGGGUUCCACCGCGUUGCAUACAUGGGCGGGAAAGAACCUCCUGACGAUCUGACAGAUGCAGACGGUAUCUGCGAAUGGCUAGAUGACCGAAAUGUCAUUGAAUUUGAAUGGUCAAGGAUUAAAGGUCUUAUGGACAGAGCACAUAAGCUAGACGCCGACUUUAAGGCUGGAGGAGGGGCUGACCGCGACUAA